AUGGACGAUUCAUUUGUGACAAUAAAUCGUAAAGCAUUGGGUAGAGUAGCAUUUCUUGGCUCAUUAUAUGAUGUUCGAACUGAUCGGUUCUCUCGUGAAACCCUUUUCAAUGAUACAAUACCAGAUGUUGCUAUUAAAACUGUUGACAUACCACAUACACAUUAUGAUUAUGUUGAAAAAGAUACGUAUGCCGAAAAGUUUAGUAAAUUAAAUGUUGAAGCUGCACUCAAGGUUAGUAUACUAUCAGGACUAGUUGAGCUUGAAGGUUCUGGAAAAUAUAUAACUAAUGAAAAGCAAACAGAUAAAACAUUCAAAGCAGCACUCAUUUAUCAUAUAUCAACAAAAGAAGAACAGUUAAUAAUUAACCAUAGUAUAUUAAGCCAACAUAUGUCAUAUGAAGCAUUUCAAAGUUCAAAUGCAACACACGUUGUUGUUGGCAUUAAAUGGGGUGCUAAUUGUUGUGUUACAUUCGAACAACAACUCAAAGAUAAAAACAAUGCUAGAGAUAUUGAAGGGCGCUUGAAAGCACAAUUGACAAAAGCCCUUGGUCCAGUUGGUUCGAUAGGAAUUGAUGGAAAUACUCAGAUAGGUGAAGGAGAAAUAUCAAAACAAGCGUCAUUUUCGGUACAAUUCUAUGGAGAUGUUGUUAUAAACACUGAACAUCUUCCACAAUCCGUCGACGGUGUUCUUCAUGUCAUGAAAAAUAUUCCAGCUUUUAUUGAACGAUCAAAUGAAGGAAAAGGUAAGCAACUUGAAUAUAUCUUAUAUCCAUUGCAACAAGUUGCUCGAGCAUUCAAACAACCUAUCAAAACUGAUAUAAUACUAAAAGAAAUAAAUGGAGCUAUAAUACAGCAAAUAGAACAUGAUAUUGACGAAUUUUUAAUAGCUAAACGUCGAUUUAAUGAUUUUUUUACAUUAGUAGAAUCAUUUAAAGAACAUAUACCACGAAAGUACUAUAAUGGAGUUAAGAACAAAAAUUUAGAAUUAAUAAAUGAAUACUGUAAAUUUCAAGACGAAAUAAAAACUAAUUUAACAAAACUUCGAUCAAAUACAGCUAAUGAAAAUGAAAUACAAAUAGUACUCGAACGUUUUCGACGAAGCUGCUGCUCAUCACAAGGAAUUGAUGAAUAUUUUAGGGAAAAUAUAAAACUAAAAGAAAAAUGUCAAUUAUUAUCAUUAUUUCAAAAAAAAGGUAUUAGUUUAGUAAAAGAAUCUGUAUCACCCGAACUUUUACCACAAGAGCAUGAUAAUACUGAUAUUUACAUAAUAUACAUUAGUGACGAACUACAAGAAAAUGAACGCGAUAAAUGGAUCCAACAAUAUGAAUAUUUUAUGAAAAUUAUGAAAAAUACAAAAAACCAAUCUAUGUCAUCAGAUACAACUGAACCAGAAUUUUUUCUUGUUGAUUAUGAUGUUCAUACAAAUAUAGAUAAAAGUCAGGGUGUCAAAAUACAUUUUUAUCGCAACGGAACGAAAAUAACAGAUGAUUACUAUACGUAUCAAAAUAAAAAUUUAACAGAAUCAACACCAGUCGAACGCAAUCAACAACAACAAGGUAAAGAGGAAACGAACGGUUCGACAUAA